GCAAGGGACGCAGAGCACGCUGCAGAAGCGGCAGCAUCCCCGCCGGAGACAACGCCGGAGAAGCCCAAGGCGAAAGCGGCUCCCAAAGCCGCAGCAGCUGAGCCCAAGGCCAAGCCAAAGGAGGCAGCCAAGGCUGCUGCCAAGCCGAAGGCAAGUCCGAAGGAGGAGCCGAAGAAGCCGGAACCCAAGGCCCAGCCCAAGGCCAAGGGAAAGGCAGCUCCGGAGGCUCCCAAGCCGAAGGAGGCGGCAAAGGCGAAGGCUGAUCCGAAGGCGAAGGCGAAGGCAGCAGCGAAAGUGGAGCCACCACCUCCUGCUCCGGAGCCACCUGCGCCACCGAAGGCCAAGGCCCUCGCAAAGGCAGAGCCGAAGCCAUCUGCACCCAAGGCUGCUGCAAAAUCAAAGGCCGGAGCCGCCAAGAAGGAGGAGAAGGAGGAUCGACCUGAGCGUGUUCAGGUGGUGCAGCCCUUUGAAGUCGAUGAUGGAACCGGUGGCGAAUGGGAGCAAUCCACGGGCCUUUCCAAGCAAGCGCAGAAGCGAAAGGAGAAGCAGGAGCAGAUGAAGGAGGAGCAGGCCCAGCGUGGAAAGGAGCAAAAAUUGAUCCCUGGCAUGGUUCCCACCAACACUGUGCCGGGCAUGGCUCCACCAAAGGCGGCGUCCAAGGAGGAUAUCGCCGCAUUUAUGGCCAAGGUGGCUGCGAAGGGCGCUGAAGCCAGACAGGGCGUUGAGGCAGAACAGGCCGAAAAGAGCAGCUUCCACACUGCCACUAUCAAGGUGCCCGAGAACAAGAUUGGAAUCGUCAUCGGACCAAAAGGCUCCAAGAUCAAGCUCAUCCAGGAGAAGACGGGAGUGAAGAACAUCGACACCAACGGUGAGAUUUUUACAAUUGUGGGCCCUCAGGAGGCAGUGGAAAUGGCUCACAUGGCGAUCAAGGAGCUGGUAGAGAAGGGUUACUGUGCUAUGGCUUUCGAGGACUUCAAGGAGGAGGGCGUGAUGAUGCACCCCUCCAGCUUCCCAGAUAUCAUUGGCAAGCAAGGCGUUACAAUCAAGGCCUUCAAAAGUGAGCUGCACGUCGAAGUGACCAUCCCGGAGGUUCCGAAGAACGCCACCCAGCAAAACAAGAAGUACAAAGUAACCUUGGCAGGGAAGGCGGAUGAUGUGCGUAAGGCGAAGGACGUUCUGGAAAACAUCAGGAAGUAUGGCUAUCAUGAGAUCACACACCCCGGGCAGACCCAUGAAGAGAUGGAAGUUGAAGCAUGGGCCUACAAGUAUCUCAUUGGCAAGGCCGGCUCUGAGCUCCGCCACAUCCAGAACAACUACAAGGUCAAGGUGAACAUCCCGCGAGAGCACUCUGCUUGCCAGAAUGUUGUGAUUGUUGGUGAUGCUAUCGAUGUGUCUCGUGCCAAAGAUUACAUUGACAACUUGAUGUGGAAGGCGCAGAAUGCGCCCACAGGACGGCAGGGUCAGGAUUCCGCGAUUGACCCUUGGGGCGAGGAAGGAGAAGAGGAGGACACAGAGAAUGGUUCAGUCGCAGACAGAUCAGAAGAACCAUGUAGGCUGCAGUCACUUCCACCACUUUCUGCCUACUGGUCAGUGGACUUCGUUUAUCUUUAUUUUGGAUAUCUACAGUUGAUAUGUGAUAUAUUAUGCAACUGCAGUUUCUGCACUACAGAUCUGUCGGAUGUCUUGUGUGAUUUGUGUGUCAUGAUUUAG